AUGGCAACUACUGAAUGGGAUCAAACAUUUAGUGAUCUUCCUGCAUACAAAAAAUAUGGAGAAUUUAAUUUGUAUGAUAUUAAUGACAGAGAUGGAAUUUGUGAGAAAUUUGGAGUAACUGAGGAUAAAGCUAAUAAAUUUUGUAAACGAGCUGUAACUAUUUUGAAAAAAAUAAAUGACACUCACAAUGACGAUAAACGUAAUGAUGAAUGCGUUUAUUUCCAGCAUUGGUUCAGUGAUCAAGUAAGGAAAAAUUUUAGUAAUAACGAUAAGUAUUUUAGUAAUUAUGAACUUUCUAAUAACCUUUUCGAUGCAAUAAACUAUUUUAAUUAUAAUUAUAUAACAGAUAAGAAAUAUAGAUGUUAUGCUUCACGUAAUGCGGAAAGUGUUAAAGCUGAGAAAGAUUUGCAUGAUUAUUUUAGAAACGUUGAUUAUAUUAACUGCAAAGAUAAGGGUUAUGGAGCGUGCGAGAUUGUUUAUAAUUAUGUUAAUUAUAUUAAUGAUUUAUAUAAGAAACGCAAAGAAAAUAACUUAUGCUGUUACCUUGCAAAUGGUGAGGUGGAACCUGAAUGUAGCCAUUAUUUUAGUUGUGAUAAAAGCUCUAACCCGGAAAUUUUAUUAGCUGAAUUAAGAAGACAAAUGAAUCUAAUAAGUUCAGGACAAUCUAAUCGAAUAACCGUGAAUGAAAGAGUAAAGGCAUAUAAUACUGAAGGUGGCUAUCCAGAUAGUAGUAGUUAUGGUUUAUCUGUAUUUAAACAGUUCAAACCUCAGGAUUUUUAUACAUUGAAUGAAAGUUUAUUACGAAGCCGUAGAUUGCACAACGGUCUUAUACUUACUGGAAUGAUAGGAGUAUUUCUCGGUUUAAUAUUGUACAUUAGAUCCCAUUCUGCAAAGCUAUGGAAAAAAAAAAGAAGAGCGGAAAAUUUAAGAAGUUAUAUGAGUGAUGUUAGUUCAAAUUACUCAAGCGCAACAUCAGAGACUGGUUCAGAAUACACCCCAUCAAAUUCGGGAGAAAGUAGUAUGUACCUUUCAUAUCAAUCUUCACAAAGCUCAUUGUGAUAUAUUGAUUCUUAAUAAAAAAGUGCAUAAGAAAUGAUAAUAUGAAGAUAUAAAUAUGCGAUUUUGUUAAUAAUGAUUAUUACUAAUGGGGAGAAUGAGGCAUAGAAACACAAAUUAGCUGUAUAAUGUAUAUGGAAAACGAACUUUAGUGUAACAGAAAUAAUAAGUGAAUACCUAUUAAUAUUGAUAUAAUACACAUAACUAAAAAAAAUGUAGAGGUUUUUUGAAAUGAUAAUUAUCAGCAUAUAAGAAACUUUGGUGAAUAAUCUGAUUAUUUAGAAAUAAUAAAACCUAGGUUCAAUUUCGAAUUGCUAUUAAAGAUGUAUAUAUGAUUUGUAAGAGGUAAAUCUUGUAAGGGAUGUAAUUAAACAAAAUAUAUAGAAAAUAUUUAUGUGUUUUGAUAAACACAAAUGAGUUUGUAUGAUUUAGCAUAUUUGAGAAAUGCCUACGAAAAGAAAUUUCAUGAAAUGGGAAGAUAAUUCCUGGGAAAAAAAUAUCCAUGAUAUAGAAGAAAAGCUUUUUUGCAUAUGUGCUGAAAAGCUUAUAAAAUCCGGAAUUUUAGAAUCUUAAAAUUCCAGACGCUUUAGCAUAAUAAAUUUUUUUGUGAGAAACUACACCAAGAUCACGCUAUAAAUUGGAUGGUAGUUUUUAA